UGGUAAUAUAGUGUGAUGUGAUAGAAAUUUUAAUGUAAAACAUUAGUUUCGUUGUUUAUAAUUGAUGUGAAAAAGUGCUUGCUUUUUCGGACAAAAAAAAGUACAUAAAAAUUUACAAAAAAAAAACGAACAUAGAAAAUAAAUUUAAUAGUGAAAAUAAAAAAAAAUUAAGAAUUAUAAUGGACCAGUUAGACGAUGAACAGAGGAAAAUAGCAGAAGAAUUACAACAAGCUGGAUAUGAUACACGAAGUGAAGCAAAUGAUAGUUCAGAUGAAAGUAUAAGUUCAGAGCAUAGCACAAAGCACCGGGAAAAGAAAAAUGGUAAAUCGACAAGUAAGGAAAAGAACAGCGACAUAGCUGAAAAUGGGAAAAAAAUUCAGAGGAAGUCCUCAAGUCCGGAAAUUAAGAAACGUCGUACAAAUAGCUCUACAAGUAAUAACAAUAAUAGUAGUGGUGAUGAAGCCAAGGAGGAGCAGUCAAAGGAUAAUAAUAGUAAGCCUGGGAAAAAGUCUUACGAUUACAUGACAAAACUUAAUUACUUAUUUCGAGAAACAAAGUUUUUUCUGAUUAAAUCUAAUAACGUCGAAAAUGUAAGGAUCUCUAAGCAAAAAGGUGUAUGGUCAACAUUGCCACAGAAUGAGCAGAACCUUAAUCAGGCGUAUAAGGAAUGUCGAAAUGUUAUUCUCAUUUUUUCUGUUAAAGAAAGUGGAAAAUUUGCGGGCUUCGCAAGAAUGGGAGGUGAAUCACGUCAUGAUGUUCCAGCUGUUGAAUGGGAAUUGCCUCCAGGAAUUAGUGCUAAAGCUUUAGGAGGAGUUUUUGAAAUAGACUGGAUUUGUAAGAAAGAGUUAUCAUUUACAUGCACAACACAUUUACAUAAUCCAUGGAAUGAUGGGAAGCCUGUGAAAAUUGGCCGUGACGGACAAGAAAUUGAGCUGAAAGUUGCAGAGGAACUAUGUCGUCUAUUUCCCGAAGAUGAGACAAUCGAAAUGAUGCCAGUUUUGAAGAAGUCAAAAGAAAUGGCAAAACUUUUGCGCGAAAAAGGAAUUACACCAAAUUUUCGUCGUCCAACAUUAACAUCGAGAAAUAAUGGUGCAUCUCGUCGAGGUGGCUUAAAUAAUCAUAUGGAUAGAAAUAAUUCUUCAAUAAUGCGUGGACGUAAAAAAAUUUUCAUGAAAGGCAAGAACCGAAUGAAUAAUUCUUCAGCUCCACCACUUGGCAAGAAACCAAUGUUUAAUAGAAUGAUGAAUAAAGGCCAUCCAUUACAUCAUUUUUCUGGAAGUACAACAGCAGCCGCUGAAGCUUAUGUUGCUGAUUAUAUGAGAACUAUGCGAUAUCAAUUACCACCUUUACCCAUGAAUCCACCAACUAGCAGUUUUGGAUCAUUACCUCUUCCAAGAUAUUACGAUGGUGUACCUGCUAUUCCAGAUUAUCCACCUCCACCGAUUACACACCGAAAUCAACAAGUUCCGACAACAUCUUCGUCAUCAAAUUACGAUAAACGGAGCUAUGACGAAUUUAUUUGGAAAAGUAAAAAUCGAAAUACUAAUGGAGGACUUAACAUUUCAAACAAUCGAGACCGCAGUCGAGAUUCACGUGAUCCAUAUAGAAGUGGAAAUGAUAAACAUCGCAAUUAUCGUCGAUAAAAUGAUUAAUCUCCAUCAUUGUAAUCCAAUUAUUGACUACAAGUUAAAUGGAUUUUUAAUAACGUAUAAAUAAGAAAAAAUUAAAAAAGUCCUCGUGUAUUUGAUCGAGAGACUUCAGCGCUUUUUUCACGCAGCGAUCGGUAUUUGAUUAGUAAAUUCACAUAAAAACGCAUCUACAGAAUAUAUUAAAUGGUAAUCAGUUUUAAUUGUAGCGUAAUAAAACGACUUUUUAAUGAAUUUUUGUAUUAUGUCCUUUAACCG